AGGAAGGAAAGAAAAAGGCAGGUGCAGACAUUCACGCAUCGUCUGCUUUAUUUUUGGAGGUUUUCCUCGUCCUUCCUCGGGACUCACAUUGCGGCAGCGUUGCUUUGCCUCUUCACAUCUCCGGUCAAUUGUCGAUUCCUUUUUUUCCCAGAACCAAUACUACGAAACUUCUCUCGCUGGAGCAGCCAUGACGAAAGGAAAAGGCCGUAACCCAGGAGCCAGCGGCUUGGACAAGCACCUGAAGCGCAAGACGCAUCAGGAGCGCUCGCAGCCGAAAAACCGUGAGCACCUUGGCCAGUUGGAGAAGCACAAAGAUCACGUCCUCCGAGCCAAGAAGCGUAAGGUCAAGGUGCGCCGCCUGCACGACAUCAAGCGCGCCGCCGCCCAGCGCAAUCCCGAUGAGUUCCACAUUGGCAUGACGAAGGCGGUCAUGGACGUCGCCAGCGGUCGCAUGAAGAAGCGGAAGGAGCGGCUGGUGGAGUCGGACCGCAAGAAGGACAUGCAGAAAGCGGUGGAGCACAACCGCCGCAACGUGCAGUACCUGGAGUUUAAAGCACAAGCCGAUCAGCAGCGUGCGACCGAGCUGCUCCACGAGGAGGCCGCCGCCGCCCUCACAUCCUCCGCGCCGCAGAACAAACACGUUGUCUUUGUUGACACGGAGGAGGACUUUCGCCACUUCAACCCUCUGAAGCACUUUGACGCGACGCCCGAGAUGAUGAAGCAGCACCCCGCCGUGCGUGGCAAGGUUAGCGUGCUGGAGAAGACGGUCAUGCCGGAAGAAAUUCUGAUGAGUGGGGGCCAUCAGGUGAAGUCGGCCGCGCAGAAGCGGAAAGAGCGGCGUGAGGUCCAGAGGAAAAUGCAACGUAGCGGGGCAGACGCCACGGAGGAGACGCGGGCGGCAUUUGUCGAGCGCUUGCGCGCCAAGAAGGAGCUGAAGCAGUACCGCUUCACGGAUUUGUUGGAGGAGGUGAACAAGGAGGGCAGCGGUGGUGCGUCCUUGUCUUCGUCGAAGGGCGCCACUGGGGGCGAUGGGGAGGAGGAGGCUGCGGCGCAGGACGAGGUGACGCGGCUGCUGGAGUGGCGCCGUGAGCAGGAGCGGGAAGCGGCGGCGGCGACAGCGCGGCGUGUGCGGGAAGUAGGACAGCGGAUGCAGCGCAGCAAAAGCUUGACGGCGUUGGCCAAGAGCAUUCGCCAUCAAUCGCAGGGGAUCAAGCGACAGAUGGAGCAGAAGCGGGAGAGCCGCUUCAAGCACGGCGCCACCCGGCGAGCGCGGUGA